AUGACGACUCUUGUGCAGAUACGCCAGCCGCUAUCAGUCCUGAGCAUGAGCAAUCAGCCCAAGCGGCGCCGAAGCGAGCGCCUUGCCGCCUACGAUGAUUCAGACGGCGACUUCCAUUUUACGCGGGGCACCAAGCGGGUAAAGACGACGCAGCCCGAGCCCAUACCAGAGGACGAAGUCGCGUCUAUUCCAGCGCCAGCCCCGAGGAAAGCUGGCAGGCCGCCGAAAUCAAGCAAACCGCGCGAGGCGCCAGCCGAAGAGCCGCAGCCUGCCUCGCGAAGGAGGACGUCGACGCGGAAAUCAAGCCAGGUAGCUGUGCAUCAAGAUGAACCAGCUCCGGCGCCACCGCCGCCCCAGAGAACGACGCGCCGGCGGCGGCGUUCUUCUUCGGAAAACCCGGAAGAAGCCAAGGAGAACGUAAAGGAGAAGGCGAAGGAGGUAGAGAGGCCACGCGCAAAACCGAAAGCUACAAAUGGCGCAUCCAAAAGCCGACAUAUCGACAAGGACAUAUCCCCCGAUCUUUCGCCGCGGCCAGCGAUAUCUACUCCCUCAGCCUUGGAAGUGGGAAAAACGCGUGGCAAGGCAGCAAAAGCGGCGGAUUCUAAGAAGAUCGCAUUGCCGUUCAGUGAUACGCCCAUCAUAAAUCGCAACAAGGAGAUGCGCCGGAAGACGGGUGGGCGUCGAAGUAGUCUAGGCAUGCGCGGACGGAGGGCAAGCUCCUUGAUCGAUAAUGGACACAGUGCGAUACCUCACCGCGAAGUUGACCCAGGCCAGUUUUACAAGCAUAUCGAGGCCGAGGGUCUUAGCGAACCUCGUCGCAUGAAACAACUCCUGACAUGGUGUGGCGAACGCGCAUUGAGUGAAAAGCCGCCAUUGGGGAGCUUGAAUUCAAAUGCUAUACUUGGAGCUCGAGCGAUUCAAGAUCAGCUCUUGAAAGAUUUCAGCUCGAAAUCAGAGUUCUCAGAUUGGUUUGCCAGAGAAGAUGUCCCCAGGCCACCAGCAAUCGAGAAACCAAAUCCUAGAAAUAUCGAGCAUGAGGAGAAGAUCGCUGAGUUGGAAGAGAGGAUAAAACGCUUGAAAAUGGAAAAGAAAACAUGGCUAUCCCUCAAACAAGCGCCUCCAAGCCUUCCGCCACUAUUUGCCGAUUCGGACUCGGCAUCAACAGAACAGCAAUUACCGGAUUCCUCCCUCCUGGAGUCAGAGGAGGCUGGAAUGCUUGCUACCUUGACGAGCUCAUCCGUUAGCUUCGCCACCCUCAGGACGCAGGCACAAGCACGAAUACAGGACCUACAAAGGUCAUUAGAGUUCAAGGUGGAUCAUUUGGCGGAUAGCGUCCACAAAGUUGAGCAGCGUCUCACCACCGCUGGUCGCGAGGCCGAUCGUGUAUUAGCUCUGAGCGCAGCGCGGCUGAAAGAGCGUGAAGAGAGGGAGAAGAAGAGCGCAGGCACCAAAGAUAUGCCUGUUAUGGAGGUGCUCAGGAGUCUGGGGAGGAUAUUACCCGAAGGAGAAGACGCGGGAUGA